AUGGCGCGCACGAACGCCCGAAACGCUUCGUCUGCUUCACCUGCCGUGACCACCCAGGACCACGGCAGGCUGAGUCAAGCCUCCUUGGCGACUGUUCCUUGGUCAACUCGUGAGUUUUUGGAAUGUUCAUUGAAUGGUCGAAAUCUAAAAUAAAAUAUUUUCCUUCUUUUUCGAAUAACGCUUCAUAUGAAACUUGACCUCUUGUUUGAAAUUCAUCAGAAACUUUGGACUUCAGAGCGAAGCUCCAACGGCAACGUUACCGCCGGAAGUGUCAGCACGGGAGUCGGAAGUGUCAGCACAGGAGUCGGAAGUGUGGUGGGAUCACCUGCCGACGUCUCACGAGUCGCCCGCAGGCCCAACUAUUUCUCUUCGGUCCUCACAACUGUCUCGACCGGUGAGUGGCUAGACAAUCUCAACAUUUCAAUUUGAAAACUCAAAAUAUGAAAUAACCUUUUAUAAACAUCUUACUUUGGGUGUACCUUUUUAUUUCUUCAGAAAAAAAAUAUAGUUUUUUUAGAAACUGCGAAAUUAUUUAUCUCAAUCAGAGAAAGCUUCAUUUAAUGAUUUUAAAUCACAUCAAGAAUUUUGUUCAAUGUAAUGAGAUUUCGAAAAGAUUCCAAAAAACAAAAUCUUCAGAUUCUGACCGACUGACGUUUCCGGCAAUGCCCGCCGUGCUCAAUUUCGAUUCUCCUGGUAUUUUCCGGCCUGAGUUCCAAUCAAACAUUUCGGUUUCAGAAUCGGUCACUGUCUCGGUUGCUGCCAACAUCUCUGAAAUCGACAGUUUGCUUGGAACACCUGCCGACUCUUCCCAAGAAAGCGGCAGGCCCAGUCAAGAUUCUGCAGUUUCUUCGAUUUCCAGCGGUGAGUUGCUUGGAACUUGCAGCAUUGAGAAGCAGAACCUCAAAAAAGCUGUUUUUUCAAACAUCUAACCUAUACGUUUGAUUUCUUAAGAUCGUGUAAAUUUUCCUACGGGUUUAAGUAAUCUAAGCCAGAAAUAUCAGAAAAAUCUGGAGACAAAGAAUGAAAAUGAAUAAUUAUUCGAACAAACUGUUCUAUCAGACAAUUAGUUACUUGACUUUGUCCUGAAACUUCUAAAAUUGCAGUUUUCAAUUAGAAAAGUUUGAAUAGAAAAUUUCAAACGCACUGAGACGCAUUAAAAGUUUUUCCAGUUCAGUUGGAAAGUUCAGAAAAUACGCAUAGAAUUUUCAGUCAUGCCGAUUUCUCCUCUUCUUGGCUUCACUCCGGUGGAAACGGUUCAGUUCGUUCCAAGAAUUGAUGAUCACCCGAACAUCAGUAAGUCGAGAUUCUCUUCUGAGAAAUUCGAAAGGUUAAAUUUAAAACUUGAAGUUUGAUUUUUUUCCUAAUGAACUUUUUUUCGAAGUAUCUUACUUUCAGUAAUGAAAAGGAGUUUUUCAGCUAAAUUCGAAAACCGGAAUAAUAUUAAAUAAGUCAAAAAGGUCAUCCAGCAAGCCUUCACUGAAUUGAAACUUUUUCCCGGAUUAUGAAAUUUCAUUUAGAUUUUUUUAAAGUUGUUUUUGCAAUCAUUUCUUGCAUGCGAAGACUUCAUUUUCAGCGCCGCGUCUGGAUCCGGAGCUGCCGAUGCCUCUUCCCACGUUUGAAGCUUUUUUUCGCAACACGAGCCUAUCAACUUCACUAUUCUUAACAAUCGCGGUAUCUAUUAUUUUAGUAACCCGAUCCAACUUUUUCUAUCAAUAUUUUUGAAUGAUUAUACAUCAGGAUCGUUUGUUCGAUUUUUUCCUUCUUACAUCGAAAAAAAUUUUUCUCAAAAAUUUCACCAUUUGAUACUUUUUUUCGUAAGAACAUGGAAAACUCAUGACAUUCAAUGAAAACAAAAUUGAGAAGUGGUAACCACAUUUUUCCGCAUUUCAGAGUUGUCAAAAAGAUUUCAAAUUUCGCAAACCGUGUCAAUUUUGAUCUGAAUAAUCGAGAAAUUUCCAGAAAACCGCGAUGAAAUUGGAACGGGAGUGGAUGAGCUGCGCGUUCCAGCAGAACGCCGUCGGCCUCCGUUGAACGUCACUUUUGGUGAGAAUUUCUUUUCAGAUCAUCCAGCUAUGUAUUCACAAAGUAGACAAUUUUUCAACAAAAAAAUCCAGUUCAAAAAAAUAGAGUAUCAUUUUGAAAAAAAUCGAGAAAAACUGGUUUGGAAGAAAAAUUCUCAAGGUGGACUCACGUCGAAAUAUUUUGCUGAAUCAAGAAACACCAUGAAGUUUAUGACCUUAGGACUUUCAUUCCAAAAUUCAAUUUCAUGAAAAAAAGAAAUCAUUAAACAAUUUACAGGAAUGACUGCGACCAGCAACGACGCACUUCACUCGGUCAGAGCGCCAUUCUCCUCGCCUCUUGCUGAAGAGUCCCCGCGCGGCCAGUUGGACACUGACAACGCUGAUUUGAUUGAGGUAUCUUUAGAAAAAUCAUUUGAGAUAAAUCAGAUCAAAAGAAUUCAUGAGCGCUGGUGGAAAAAAAAAGUUUGGCAAAAAGUUUGAUUAUGAACCGCUAGAACGCCUUGAGGAACUUAAAAAGUUUUUUUUUGGCACAAGGUAUUCCAAAAUUUCGAACUUCCUGAAAAACUGAGUACUGCGGUAUCUAACACAACCAGUUUUGUUAAAGUCUUCCCUCUUCUUCAGUUUUUUUAUUGAUCUAUUCACUUUCAGCCGCAAGCUGAUAUUGACGAAGAGACCGCCGCUGAUCGCCAAGAAUAG